AUGGACAACUAUUCUCGUGGCAUGCAGUUAAACAGACAUUCUCUGGACAUGUCUCCGUGCUUUGAAGAUCGCAUGUCUCUUGCAGACGUCGACUUUCCAACGCUGUCGGAUCUUUACUAUCUUGAUGCGGACAAGUCCUUGAGCGACGCUGAUCUGUUCCGCUGGGAUGCGACUGAAGACCCAUUUGCAUUCGACUUUUCCAUGGAUACCUCCAUGAACAACACUGCUGCUGCUGCUUCUUCCAACCCGAAGGCCGUCUUUUAUCAAAACCAACUGAACGACCGUCACCUCUCCUGCGGAUCGAUCUUUUCCGACCUCGACAGCGAAGGCGGAUCGCUAUCACUCAUCCAAAGCGGCAACAGCCUGUCACCCGUGCUGUCAGAUCUCGAUUCCCAGUCGCAUCACACCCCUCUCGCUAGUCCAACUUCUCUGCGUCGAGAGGUUCCCGUCACGCCAGAGCAGAUCACUGCAGGCUCUCCAGCCCUCCAGCCGACGACCUUGAGCCCACACGCCAUAUCUGAGUGCGGUGAUCUACCCUCUCCAAUGAUGGGCCCUGCUCAGACGCAGUCGGCCAAAUCCUCUUCAUCAUCAAAAUCGUCGCAGCGUUCCUCUCGUGCUUCCCACUCAGCCGAUGACACCAAGGACACUGUUGCCAGCAAGCGUAAGGCUGCCCACAACGCCGUCGAGAAGCGGUACCGUACCAACAUGAACGCCAAGUUCAUGGCUCUGGGCAACGCCAUCCCCAGUCUGCGUGCCAACAAGUCCAACAGCUCCAUGAACAGCAAGGGUAUCAAGACCAACCUCAAGGAUGGCACGCAGACGCAGAACAAAUCCGAGGUCCUUACCAAGGCGCUGGCGUACAUCCAGGAGCUCCAGGACGAGAAGUACAUGCUUCAGAACGAGCUCUCCUGCCUGAAGGAUAACCUCCUUCCCAGAAAUGUCUGGCGCAGCUCGAAAAGGCGAGAUGCGUGA